AUGUCAUCUCGGCAUUCCGAGAAGAUGAGCCUCAUCGCCUCCACUGAGCGCACGGCAUAUGACAUCGGCACUGGGAAUAAAGAGCAACAAGCUAAGAGAAAAACGCACCGACUCCAUCUGCUGCUCACAGUGGCUCUUGCGGUCAGGCACCACACAACGACUACAACUUCAGCACCCGCGCUCUCGGGAACGGUUUUGGGGUGUUUCCAAGUCGCGCAGCCAGUUUUGACUCCGUACGGUCCCAGCUACCGGUCUACAACAACUCGUGAUGGAUCUACAGAAUUGAUUGGGGUGUCUAGCUCGUCGGCGAUCGAGGCUUGUAGGGUGGUGUUAAUGGAGCAUACAUUUGCAUGGAGUUACGGCAGGCCUUUUGUUGGCUCUUAUACCCCUCCUAGCUGUGAAUUCAAUCGAGUCAUCAUCAAUUUCACCUCCGUGUCUGAAGGACGGCAAUUUGACCGUCUCGCCUUGAUGUACUUUGGGUCUACAGAAGUAUGGAGAACCAGCACCGCCGAGCCCACACAGCAUCCAGGUAUCACCUGGACUUACGUGAAAGACAUGACGGAGUUCCUGCUCCUCUGGAAGUGGCCGCAGACGCUCAUCUUUGAUCUCGGCAACCUGAUUGAUGACAAGUCUAACAACCUUCCCGACACUGGCUCUUUCAACACCACGUUAACGGCGACGUUCUUCAAUAGUCCAGUAGAAACCAAUCCAUUACCGCCGGCUGAUCUUAUUAUACCCAUCUCGAAACGGCAAGGGGCCUCGAAUGCAAGCAGCGCCUUUUCAUUCCCUUCAGACAAUGCUACGAAUUCCAUCAGCUUCCCACACAACGUGAAACGCGCAGUGUUCUCGGUCUCAGCCAACGCUCAAUCGACAGAUGAAUUCUGGUGGAGUAACGUGUUGGAAACUGACGUUUACACGUUUAACCAGACCGUUGGCGAGAUGCCCGGCUUGUCUCCUUUUCGCGAGGUCCAGGUUCUCAUUGACGGCCAGAUUGCCGGUGUGCAGUGGCCUUUCCCCGUAAUUUUCACGGGCGGCGUCGUCCCAAGCCUCCAUCGACCUAUCGUCGGCAUCGACGCGUUCGACUUGCGAGAGCAUGAGAUAGACAUCACGCCGUUUCUGACAAUACUUUGCGACGGGUCAGACCAUACAUUUACGAUUUUGGUGGCUGGGCUAGCCGACGACGGAAACUCCAGCGCCACGGUAACGAACUCUGUCCCAGACCACUGGAUCCUCACGGGAAAGAUCUUUCUGUGGCUUGAUGACGACGAGAGCGCAAUCGCAACCGGCACGCCGCCUGAGGUAGAGUUUGGCGAGCCGGUCAUCAAACUUUCCCGGGCGGUCACGCUGAACUCAGCCGGGGACCUCAACGAGACGUUGACUUACCACGUAUCGGUGUCGAGGACGGUGUCGGUCAAGGCCACGAUCGUAAACUCGCAAAAUGAAACCAGGGACGCCGCCUGGUCUCAAACUCUAUCGUAUUCCAACAAUGCGGUCGUGACUGAAUUUGGGUUCGACCAGAUCAACACCUUCUCGAUUAAGGGAUCUGAUAUAGCCAGCACUGGCUCAAGUACCGACUACAUGACCCAGUACAGUUACCCAUUGUAUUGCAACUCCACCUCCGCGAUAGCUGGAGGCAACCUUACCAUACACGCGCGCCUAACUCAGGGGCUCGAUCUCCUGGUGCAAGGCAGCUCCGUCUUCCCAUCCGGGCUCGAGGCGUUCGCCGCGAAACCGCAAACUGAGAACAAAAUGUUCACGGGAAGUCUUCUCAGCACAUCGCGCGAUGGCACGGCGUCGUUUUUCCAACCUGGUCGCGGAAAGAAGAGUACCGGCUUCGGAUCAACGAAUCAGGUAUUUCGCUUUGGUGGGUUUAUCGGCGAGAAUUCCCCGAGGACCGUACCGGAUGUCGAGCUUUACUUCCGCAAUGUGACGGCUAUCAACAGCACCAUCGUCAACGACGACGAAAUCGUCGCAGGGACACAUAGUCAGUCGUUUUUGGCUGAGGCACCACGAGCCGCUGGGCCGGGAACGGGAACGGGACCAAGCGUGUUCAUGGACAGGGGUAACGGAGAUACGAAGCAGAGCAUUCUGGCGGCGGCGCAUCGUCAACGUCCGGUACUCCUGCAGGACUGA